AUGGGCACCAUCGCAAUCAUCGCCGCCGUCAUCCUUGGCAUCUCAUUCAUGACCUUUGUGGCCUUUUUCGGCAGACUACCUGCACUACGAAACACUCCCAUCUCCUUCCUCCACCGCCUCAUCUGGAUUCACCUCCCCAAUGGCCUCCUCACCGUCGACCGCACCUUGACCAACGGGCGCCUGACCACCUCUCUCACCCGCCUCGGCCGCCACCUCUGGUACGACCAACAUCCGACCAUCCUCAUCUUCUUCUUCCUCUUGCUUUCCGUUGGCGAAUAUCUCUACCUGCCCGUCGCCUGGCCUCACUUCUCCUUCACCCACAAAUUCUUCGGUACCAUCGCCAUCCUAUGUCCCUACCUCUUCCUCUACCUCUCCGCCUUCACCGACCCGGGCGUCAUAAACGCCAAGACCCAUGUCCGCGAAAUGGCCCGCUACCCCUACGACUUCACCCUCUUCCACCCCGGCACGAGCUGCGAGACGUGCCGCCUCCUGAAACCCGCGAGGUCGAAGCACUGCAGUAUCUGCAAGAAGUGCGUCGGAAGGAUGGACCACCACUGUAUCUUCAUCAACAACUGCGUGGGGGCCAACAAUCAGCGGUGGUUCAUUUUGUUGCUGCUUAGCACGGCCAUCCUCACCCUCUACGGCGGGGUUCUGGGGCUGGUGAUUAUCCGGGCCAAGAUCCAGGCGAGGUUCCCCUACUGGACGUUAUUACCGUGGUGGACUUCCACUCAAGCAUGGAACAACGGCGACCUGGAUUUUCAUCGGUGGUUGCUCCUCUGGAGCUGGGGCUUACAGUCGGGAGUGGCCAUGGGGGGCGUUACCUUGUUGGCGCUGCUGACGACGCCGUUGGUUUGGGGGUUGCUGGGGUACCAUUUGUGGCUGGUUUAUUGUGGGACGACGACGAAUGAGAGUAUGAAGUGGCAGGAUUGGCAGGCGGAGAUGGAUGAGGGCGGGGUGUAUAAGCGGCGGAUGGCGGCGGAUGGGAGCAGGGAGAAAGACCUCAAGGUCGAGCCGGCGUGGACGAGGUGGCCCGUUGAGGCGGAGCAGCUUAUGGUGAGGACGGAGGAUGGAAAGCCCCCCAGGUCGAGUCAUCGGUUGCCGGGUGAGGGAGAGUGGGAGGCCGUUUGGAGGUUGAAGGAUGUGGAGAAUCUCUAUGAUAUUGGGUUUUGGGAUAAUCUUGUCGAUGUCUUCUUGCCAUAUUUCAUGUUCAAGGAGUCAAAGGGUAGGAGUCCUGUUGACGAGCGAGAAUUUGGGAGGGAGAGAGGGAGGAACAGGAGACGGAGUUCUUGAGUGGUGUUUUGAAGUUCGAGAUACAUAGACGUGUUGAGAGCAGAUAGAUGCUGGCAUAUAGAGACCAAAAUGUGUUUUUCACCU